UAUCUGAGCGUUCUUGUUGAAGCCGGCAACACUCCCGCCACUCUCAGCAACAUACUGGAAUAUCCACAAGCAUAUCUCCCCUUGGAACUUGGCAUCGUUCGAAUCGUCUCUCUAACCAAAUGCGCUUCAUAUAUUAAGGUUUCCAGCAAAUCCCAUUGGGUCACAAGUCUCUUAUCUUUUUACCAUGUCCUCCUUGACUUCCACUGAUAAAAAGCGAUCAAGGUUUCCACUCUUUAGUUCGCAUACAGAUCAACACCCAGAUAGGGAAAGGAGUUAUAUAGCCUUAUUAUCCAAUACACAUUUGUGGGUUCUGCCGGAAUAAUAAUCUCCAUGGAUAGCCCUUCGUCGCCGUCUAACGUUGUUAUCGCAUUGGAUGCGACUAAGGAUCGCAGUCAGACUGAGCUUGAGCACACCAUUGAAGGCGUGAGAACGGCGGGUUGCAUUCUCCGUGGAGGAGACACGCUUGUCGUGCUCGGAGUCCUCCAUAAGGUCCUACACCCCUUGGGUUACCAACUCAGAGCAUUGCCUGAUUCUUUAACUGGAACGAGUAUUCGUUCAAUGGAGGAAGAAGUUUUAAAGAAAGUUGAUUUGUAUAUAAAUAUGCUCAAGAGAAGUGCUGGGAAGUGUGACGAUCAAGGGGUCCGGAUUGAAGUCAAAAUUACAGCUGGUUUUCCCAUUAGGCAGGUUAUUUUACAAGAGGUAGCAGCCUGUAAAGCAAGUUGGGUUGUACUUGACAGGCACCUUAGACGGGAUUUAAGGUUUUACCUUAAACAGAUAUCUUCCAAGGUUGCAUUAAUACAAGAUAGCUUCAGUGCAGAAAUAUGGAGACCUCAUAGUACUAGUGAUACGGAUGAUAUAGAGCACAGGCUGUUCUAUUCCAUGACCAAGGCUGUUACACUAUCAAAUGGUCCAGGUAGUGAAAACAUGGAGCAGUCUGAAAUCUCUUGCAGAGGCUACCCCUUGUCCUAUUAUUCUCUGGAAAGCUCCAUUAUGUCUAAGAGCAACAUGAUUCCUUCAUCUUCAUACAAGUCAAAAGAGCACAAAUCCUCACUGCAAUAUGGGCCUUCCUAUAAACUAGAAAAUUCAGGAAUACACGUCAAGGAAGAAAGUAGAUAUACCAGUGCUUCUCAAAUUGUCCAAAAGCAACCUAAACAGGUCUUCCAACAACAAUCCCUGGAGGCACCUAUUCUUUGUGCUCAUUGUGGGACAAGGACUGAGUUGUAUGUCAAGGAUUCUAUGAGAUUUAUUUUUUCAGAGAUACAGCAUGCAACAAAUGGUUUUUCAGAGGAGAACUUAAUAGGAGAAGGCGGAUACGGACAUGUGUAUAAGGGUCAACUUAAAGAUGGACAGCUCAUUGCAGCAAAGGUACGUAAAGAAGCAAGCACACAAGGGUUUGCUGAGUUUCAUUCUGAGGUAUACGUCUUAAAUUUUGCACGGCACAAGAACAUUGUGAUGCUGCUGGGUUACUGUUGCAAGGAAAACCAAAAUAUUUUGGUGUACGAGUAUAUCUGCAACAAGUCUCUUGAUUGGCACUUGUUCAAUAAAGAUGCAACUGUUCUUGAGUGGCACGAAAGAGUUGCUAUUGCCAUUGGAACUGCGAAAGGAUUGCGUUUUCUUCAUGAAGAAUGCCGUGGAGGUCCUAUUAUUCAUAGGGACAUGCGACCAAGCAAUAUACUACUCACACACGAGUUUGUUCCCAUGCUAGGUGACUUUGGCCUUGCCAAAUGGAAAACAAGCGAUGAUCCUGUAUAUACACGGAUACUUGGAACAUUAGGAUACCUUGCUCCAGAGUAUGCAGAGGAUGGUAUUGUUUCUGUACGAACAGAUGUUUAUGCAUUUGGCAUUGUUUUGUUACAACUGAUAUCAGGACGCAAGGUGAUUGAUGCAAAUGCAGAAGAGCAACAACAAUCUUUGCGACAAUGGGCAGAACCAUUGAUUGGGAGUCUUGCAUUACAUGAGCUCAUUGAUCGUCGUCUAGGGGACGUGUAUGACACAUACGAGUUGUAUAUCAUGGCUAAGACUGCGUACUUAUGUGUGCAAAGAAGCUCUGAAAUGCGGCCAUCCAUGGGAGAGGUUGUACGCCUUCUUGAAGCCGACAAUGACCAUUUCCACCACUUAACAGAGCAAUUUGUACCUCAUUAUACAAAUAAAGAAGGAGGAACUGACAAGUCGAUAUGAAGAACACACCUUCCACUCCGUUGAUAUGGCAAGAUUUGAUUUGCAAGAGAAGUUUAAAAACUAGCUCUUACAAAUCAAAUCUUGCCAUGUCAGUUGAGUGGAGGGUGCAGUGUCCUCUACAUUGUCUUGCAAAUAUAAUUUUUCUUACCAUUUUCUAUUCACUGGUCACUGUUUUGGUUUCUAUUGGUAUUGGACAAAGGAGACAUCCACUCAUGUUUAUCUUGAUUUACAUUUUAAAUAUAGCAAAGCAUGGCUUGACAACUAGUAAGUUUGUCUCUUUUUUU